AACGCAACAACUGAGACCCUGCCACGCUCCAAUCGAUACAGAUUCUCGGUAGGCGCUUCCCGAGGUCGUUGCUUCGGGCGUGGCCGGAAGUAGUACACCCGUGGUUCGCUCCGCUCGCUCGCCUCGCUUACCUACCUAAUUUACCAAACGACCUGCUUUGCAAACCUUCGCGCGCCGCACCCCCACGACCGCCGACGCCUAUUACUCUCGACGCCGUCGCUGUUGGAGGUCUGCAUUCACCGUCAGCCGGUUUAAUGGCCCCAACUUCAUCGAAAUCCUCACACACUUUCCAGAAGCUCAAGCUCGAUACCUCGGCGCCGCAUAAGCCCUUCGCCUCGUCCUUCGCGUCCAUACCACGUAAAGAAUCCUUAGAGAAUGGCCAUGCUCAAUCGCAACUAACUGCUCAACUUGCUGGGGUAGAGCCGCAGAAUAUCCCCGACGGUACAACCACAAAGUGCAACCAGAAUGGCGGCAAUGGGCCCACCGGCUCGUAUGACGGCUCCGUCGCAAGUAGCCGGAGCGAAGGGGAGGAUAUCGAAUUACAAUUCAAGAGGCGGACAAUGUCAAUAAGCUUCAACAAAGAAGUUAGUCUCGAGGAUGGAAAAAGACUUGGUCUCGAAGUUCCUAUUCCGAAACCACCGCGGCAGUCGCAUUCGCAACCCUCCGAAAGUGGUAGCUAUUCUGAUCAGGAAUACUUGGAGAUGACCUAUGGCGCGCGCCGGCAUUUUCAGCAUCGUGUUGGCGAAUCGAGGUAUCCGCUUCUGCAGACAACUGUCGACGACCUCGCCAAGGACCCGGAAUACAGCGAUCAGGUCGCAUCGUUGACGUCUGAGACUACCGCAUCUCCUCCUUUAGACGAGGCGCAAACCCCGCUGGAGACGCCUUCCGAGUACAUGCUCUCUCCACUACCCGCCACCUCGCCUAUCGAGUUUCCACUCUUUUCACCGCGGCGCAGUGGGCCCCCCAGAACUAAGAGCUAUCGAUCUGAGGUAGGCGAGGAUGGGGGUCUACGCAGGGUGAGUCGUCGGUCGUCUGGACGCUCUGGCCGCUCUCUGUCGUCCAUGUCCCCCGCUGCUUCUUUCCUCGCGCGUUUCAAGGCCUCCGAAGCCCCGAUCAAGCCAAGUGAGCCAGAUGACGAAGGUCAAGGCAUCGGCUAUGAUAGCGAGUACAUUAUCGGCAAGCAGAUCGGCUACGGUGGGUUCAGCAUUGUCAAGGAAGUCACGAGCAUGGAGGAUGGAAAGCCUGUCGUCAACGCCGUCAAAAUCGUACGCAAAUUGCAGACGGAAAAGUCGGAGCUUGAAAACGAGCAAAUUCAGACGCAAUUCGAUCAUGAGGUGGAAAUCUGGCGCUUCUUAAGACAUCCGUACAUUCUUCCUCUUCUCAGAGUGUACACGACGGAUUUUGCUACCUUCUGCAUCACCAAGCUAAACAAAGGCGGAACGCUGUUCGACCUUGUUCGCGACACACGCCGUCUGAAGAAGACCGGAUUGCCAGAGCAUAUCGUGAAGCGUUACACGUACCAACUAGCUUCAGCGAUGCGGUACCUUCACAACGACGUGCAGGUCGUCCACCGUGACAUCAAGCUCGAAAACGUUCUGCUCGACAUGACUGUACCGAAUGCCGAGCGCGACGGUGGCGACGUUCUUCUCUGCGAUUUUGGCAUGGCAGACUUCAUUAUUAGCGACCAACGCGAUGGCCCGGAGCCACAUUCAAUCGGCGUGAAUCAGAAUAUCGGACCUGCAGAUACUAGCACGUCUGUCGCAGGCAGUUUACAAUAUGCGGCCCCCGAGCUUUUCAAUGCUGCUAGCCCCCUCUUCUCUCCAGCAGCAGAUAUCUGGUCAUUCGGGGUAGUUCUUUUCGCACUGCUUACCGCCACCUUGCCAUUCAAUGAUGGGCUGGACAUCAAGACAACAGAGAAGAUACAAAAAGGGGAGUGGAACGAGGAACUUGUUCGCAGCGCAGAGGCUGUCCAGGAGGGCAGUGUAGAUGAUGUUUUAGCCGUGGUCAGAGGAUGUCUCGAGCUGGAUGUCUCGAAGCGUUGGAACGUGCACGACAUCCUGGAGUGUGCAUGGCUGCGCGACUGCGAGCAGCACUACGAGAACGUCUCUCGUGCUUGGCUUGCUUCAUAAUAAGGUCGAAGUUGGUGAUACCGCUUGGUUUGUGCUUCGCUUUGGAUGGGUCGGACUCCAUCCCAUUUCUGGAUACCCUGUUUGCAUCAUUCAUCGUUGAUUACUUUACUUUUUUCGAUCCCGGCACGUUUCGACGUUCAGCAUUUUGCGAUUUGGUCUUUCCUACUAGUUCUUGUAUACCCCGCUUUGGUCAUUCCGCUUAGUCCGUUGGUUCUUGCUUUUGUUUGGCGUUCAGGUCAUGAGGCUAGGUCGACGUCGAUGUCGAUGGUGGGGACGGUCUUAUGAUGCAUUGUACUGUAGACGCCGUACUAUAUUAGUUAAUCAGCAUUUUCUUGCCUUUGCGCGAUAAUGCUAGCCGUAUUAGCAUCACUACUACCUGACGCGCGUGUU